AUGCCUACCUCGGUGUCCAUCCAGCCAUGCAGCGGUGGAAAGUGUUUGGUGGCCGAGCUGGACUUUGAGAUGGGCGAGGUGGUUCUGGAGGAGACUCCACUGCUUGAGAUGCCUGAUGACAGCGUGCUCAGUUUCAGUGCAACUUCACACUAUGAAGCGGCCUGGCUUUAUUCUCAGCACUGCCUCAGCAAGGACAGCUUUGGCGCGCUUCUAUCCCUGGGACUCUCAGAGGGUGCUGCCAGCAGCGGCAAAGUCGAGGAGGUAAAAAAGGCCUUGACAAAGGUCUCGCAUGCUGAAUAUGAGAUGGCCCUCCGAUUUCUUGUGUCAACGGGCCCACCACCGCCCUGUUCGAGAUCAUGUCGCGGGUCAACCAUUCCUGCACACCAAAUGUGCGUAUGA